UAUCUCUGAACAGCAAGGAGGCGUUUUCUCUACCUUGCUUGACUCACGACUUUCGCAGCCCCGAGUGUUUGAAGACUAAUACAGUAGUUGAAAGAUUCACCUCAUUAAUUCCUUUUUAUUCCUUACAGAAUUUUCCGCUGCAAAGUAAUAGCCAGACGAAUAGCCUUCCGUUUCCGUUUAGCAUGUUGUCUUGGUAACGGGAAUGCACGUUCUCGGCGGCGGUUAUGGCGGGGCUGGGUGGUGCGCAGAUCCCCGACGGGGAAUUCACCACUGUCGUGUACCGCCUCAUCCGGGAUGCCCGCUACGCCGAGGCCGUGCAGCUGCUGGGCGGAGAGCUCCAGGGGAGCCCCAAGAGCCGCGCCGGCUUGUCGCUGCUGGGCUACUGCUACUACCGCCUACAGGAGUUCGCCCUGGCGGCCGAGUGCUAUGAGCAGCUGGGCCAGCUGCACCCAGAGCUGGAGCAGUACCGCCUGUACCAGGCCCAGGCCCUGUACAAGGCCUGCCUUUACCCGGAGGCCACCCGCGUGGCCUUCCUCCUGCUGGACAACCCCGCCUACCACAGCCGGGUCCUCCGUCUCCUAGCGGCGAUCAAGUACAGCGAGGGCGAUCUGCCAGGGGCCAGGAGUCUGGUGGAGCAGCUCCUGAGUGGAGAAGGGGGAGAAGACAGGGGGGGCGAGAACGAGCUGGAUGACCAGGUCAACCUGGGGUGUUUACUCUACAAGGAGGGACACUACGAGGCUGCAUGUUCCAAGUUCUUUGCGGCCUUACAGGCUUCAGGCUACCGGCCUGACCUUUCCUACAACCUGGCUUUGGCCUAUUACAGCAGCAGGCACUAUGCCUCGGCACUGAAGCACAUCGCCAACAUUAUUGAGCAUGGCAUCCGUCAGCACCCAGAGCUGGGUGUGGGCAUGACGACCGAGGGCAUUGAUGUUCGAAGUGUGGGCAACACCUUAGUUCUUCACCAGACUGCUCUGGUGGAAGCCUUCAACCUCAAGGCCGCCAUAGAAUUCCAGCUGAGAAACUAUGAGGCGGCCCAGGAAGCCCUCACUGACAUGCCACCUAGGGCAGAGGAAGAGUUAGACCCUGUGACCUUGCACAACCAGGCGCUCAUGAACAUGGAUACCAGGCCUACAGAAGGGUUUGAAAAGCUACAGUUUUUGCUCCAGCAGAAUCCUUUUCCUCCAGAGACCUUUGGCAACCUGUUGCUGCUCUACUGUAAAUAUGAGUAUUUUGCUCUGGCCGCAGAUGUCCUGGCAGAGAAUGCCCAUUUGACCUACAAGUUCCUCACACCCUAUCUCUAUGACUUCUUGGAUGCCUUGAUCACUUGCCAGACAGCUCCUGAAGAGGCUUUUAUCAAGCUUGAUGGGCUGGCAGGGGUGCUGACUGAACAGCUCCGGAGACUCACCAAACAAGUGCAGGAAGCAAGACACAAUAGAGAUGAUGAAGCUGUCAAAAAAGCAGUGAAUGAAUAUGAUGAUGCUUUUGAGAAGUAUAUUCCUGUGUUAAUGGCCCAGGCCAAAAUCUACUGGAACCUUGAAAAUUACCCAAUGGUGGAAAAGAUCUUGCGCAAAUCUGUAGAAUUCUGUAAUGACCAUGACGUGUGGAAGCUGAAUGUGGCUCAUGUUCUGUUCAUGCAGGAAAAUAAAUACAAAGAAGCCAUAGGUUUUUAUGAGCCCAUCGUCAAGAAGCACUAUGACAACAUCCUGAAUGUCAGUGCUAUUGUAUUGGCUAACCUGUGUGUGUCUUAUAUCAUGACAAGUCAAAAUGAAGAAGCUGAGGAGCUGAUGAGGAAGAUUGAAAAAGAGGAGGAGCAGCUCUCCUAUGAUGACCCCGAUAAGAAAAUCUACCAUCUCUGCAUUGUGAAUUUGGUGAUUGGGACGCUUUAUUGUGCCAAAGGAAAUUAUGACUUUGGUAUUUCUCGGGUUAUCAAAAGCUUGGAGCCUUAUAAUAAAAAACUGGGAACUGAUACCUGGUAUUAUGCCAAAAGAUGCUUCCUCUCAUUAUUAGAGAACAUGUCAAAACACACGCUCAUGCUUCGUGACAGUGUCAUUCAAGAAUGUGUCCAGUUUUUAGAACACUGUGAACUUUAUGGCAGGAACAUACCUGCCAUUAUUGAACAACCCCUGGAAGAAGAAAGAAUGCACAUUGGAAAGAAUACGGUCACAUAUGAAUCCAGACAAUUAAAAGCCUUGAUUUAUGAGAUUAUAGGAUGGAAUAUGUAGUAAUAUCUGAUAGUGGCUUCUAAUGGCUUUAUAUCUAUGGUUUUCACUGUUUUAUCUGUAGUUAGCUCUUAAUAAUCUUUACGUUUGUUACAUGUUGAACUUUGUACACUUUAAAAUUAUAAUUAAAAUAAUUCAGAUGUAUCUUCUGAGAAACCUCACAAAAUAAUUAAAAUAAAAAGAACUUGAAUCCUAGAAGGAUUUACGAAAAAUUGAAAAGUGAAUCAAGAACUGUUUCCAAUAGUAUUUAGCCUACAUUCUGUCUCCUUUGAAUCUGAAAAAAAUCCUGCAUGAAAAGAUUGCAUCAUCCAGGGUCCAGGCACUAUCAAGUCCAGAACUCAGUAAGUGUAUAGAACAUCUGGACAUCAAUAAUAACAUCAAGGAUUUUGUGUUCUACUCCAAUAGUUUACACUUAAGUAACGUUAAUUUGUAAUGCAUAUAUUUUGCAUAGAUUUUAGUAUGUCUUGGCAGAAUUUUCUGAUACAAUUGUAAUGCUUUAACAAAAAUUCCAUCUAUUUUUUCUAAUCUGCAAGAUUCAGUAGGAAAUCUAAUGCAUUAACAAAAUUAUGGUGGUAUGUUGUGGAGACAAUAAACAGUUGACACAUUUC